GUUUGGGUGCAUCCUGUUUGGCUAGUCAGACAGCGGCAUUUUGACUGUGGUCUAGCUGUCCGGGAUAUACACCGCCACCACAGGAGUUGCAAUGCGCUAUCGCGAGCGAGGUGCUACAAGGAUGAUGGCAACCGUUCACCCCAAUAGCUCCAGCCUGAUCCCCCUGCUCGAGUGCUUGGAGGAUUCCUCUGUCCCUCCGACAGAACAGACGGACGCCUACCUGACGAUUGCGAACCGUCUCAGUGGAGAAGAUGGACGACAGUUUAUUCCUGCAGUUUUAAAAGACGUUUCACGGCUUAGUGAGGUAUUAAAGGGGCACAUUUUGAGUCGGAAUACGGAGCUCUGCCAAGCAGCGCUGCAGGCUUUGGGUUACUGUGUGUUUCACAGCAGCGUCGUCUCUGGCAUCCCAGAAAGCAAAGCCGAAGAACUGCUUUUGGCUCUCAACACUAUCGCUAUCAAAUCGGCCGAUAAGAACAUAUGCACGAGAGCGCUUUGGGUGAUUUCGAAGCAGAACUUCUCGCCUGAACUAAUUGGCCAAAAGGUGCCUGAAAUUCUAAAAACGCUAGAAGCAGUGCGAGCCAGGGAAGACAUACAGUCUGCUGUAGUGGAACAUGAAGCUCUGAACGUUAUUAUAAGGCUGCUGGAGCAGGCUCCUGUUCAGAUGGGCGAGGGCGCGGUCAGGUGGGCCAAGCUGGUCGUUCCCCUAGUGGUCCACUCGGCGUCCAAGGUGCGCCUGCGGGCGGCGGCCGCCCUGGAGAUGGGCAUGCCGCUUCUGGUCGAGAAGCAGCAGGAGGUGGCUGCCAUUGCAGAGCCCCUCAUGGCCAGCAAGCUGAUACCAGAAUUGCAGAAAUUGUUUCUGUCCAAAAACGAGAGCAACGUGCUGAAGCUCUGGCCCUUAUUCGUCAGGUUGCUGGGAAGGUCUCUGCACCGCGGCGGGCCUUUCAUCAACGCCCUCUUGCACCUGGAAGAGCUGGGCUUCCGGAGCAGCUCCCCCGUUGUGAAGAAAAUUGCCUUCAUUGCCUGGAAAAGCUUGAUUGAUAACUUCGCCCUGAAUCCAGACAUCCUGUGCAGUACCAAACGUCUGAAGUUACUGAUGCAGCCCCUCAGCUCUAUCCAAGUGAAGACUGAAGCUCUGACACUAACUAAACUGGAAGUGUGGUGGUAUUUGGUGGUGAAGCUAGGACCACAUCUUUCUACUAACUUUGAACAGGUGGGGGUUCCUUUGGUCCAGAGCACAAUAAGUAGUGACUCCGUUCUGCCGUCUCCUGCAACUCCUGCGAGAAACGCGUCGAACCCCAAUAGCACUGUUGGUCAGACGACGCCGAAAACGGGCCCUCACUCCUUCCCGGGCUCCGCUGCUACCCCCCGGAUGACUCUGAGCAGCAGCGUGCACCUGCUGCCGGCUUACCCCUCCAUCCAGCUGCUCGGCCUGGAGAUGCUGCUGCACUUCCUGCUGGGGCCCGAGGUGCAGGCGGUAUCCGCGCAGGAGAGGCUCCAGCUCAGCCUGGAACCUCUAACGCAUCCACUACUUGCCAGCACUUCGUUUUUCUGCAAGCAUUCAGGUGUAAUCAUCAGCGCUGUGAAGGAUGGCUUUGUUGCAAUUGGAAAGGAGGCUCCAGAUUCCUUGCUCAUUCUUAUCUGGAAGUAUUUGAUUGGAUUUGUGACAGCAGCAGUGGAGACAGCCGGCAGUAAGAAGGAGAGACAAGGCUCGGAGGCUUUGACCCUGCUGUUGCAAGCCCUGCAGUCUAUCGUGAGCUCAGAAGCACUUCCUGCUCAUCGAACCCUGGGUCUUCUUGAAGCCACAGUGAAAGGAAUCCCUCAGAAAAUAUUGGGGUCACCAGCCUACCAGGUAGCCAAUAUGGAUGUUUUAAAUGGAACUCCUGCACUGUUCCUGAUUCUCCUGUUCUAUCACAACAGCUUGCUAGGAUCCUGCUUAACAGAUGAGAGGUUUUUCCUCUGCUUGGAGACCCUGGUCAGCUCUGGUUUCUCUGGCCCCACGUCUCCACUGGCGUUCAGCGAAUCGGUUUUGAGCGUGGUCCACCGCAGUGCCGAUCGGAUGACUAACAAAGAGCAUCUCUGGAGGAUGUGGAGCAUCAUAGUCACCCCUCUGACUCAAAGCAUCAUGCAGACCAAUGAAGUGAACCAAGGGGAUGCUCUGGAACACAACUUCACUGCUGUGCACAGUGCCCUGAUGCUGCCCAUCACUCAUCUCCUGUCUGUGAAGGGAUUCCCACAGAUGACGAUGAAAUCCCUGUUGCGGACCUGGUCUGAGCUCUACAGGACGUUUGCUCGCUGCUCGGCUCUGGUGGCCACGGUGGAGGAGAAUGUCUGCUGCGAGGAGCUUUGCAUUAAGAUGGCGUCAGGGCUGGACAAAGAGGCUCUUUCGAACCCGUCGACGCUGGAAGCGGUCGUUAGCAUUUUAACGGUCAUUAUCGAAUGCGUGGACUUCUCGCCUUACACCCCCAAGUUUGCCGGCCUCGCCGGCCUCCUCUCCUCGCUCUUCGGCGGCCUGUCGCUGGCCGCCGCCAUCCGGGAGGCGCUGUCCCGGCUCGUCGCCCCCCUCGCCGUCUUCUACGAGCAGAGCGCCAAGACUCAAAAUGAUGUGCCAAAGUUUUAUUCCAGCCUUGGACUUAAGCUCGAGAAGCUGCUGGGAGAGAUUCUGACCUGCUUGCAGACUCGCUACACCAUGGCUUAUGACGAUGAACUUCUGGCACAGCUGGCUCCCUGGUUAAGUGUUGUGUUCCUUCACAAAAGCAAACAGGUGCGCAACCAGGUAGCCCAGUUCUGGAAUUCCACGUUUGCCAAGGUGCCCACGUUGCAGUAUCCUCAGCAGCUCAGGAGUGUUCUGAGCCAGGUAAAGCAAAAGAUUCCCAUUAUUCUUCCUGGUUUUGAAGCCGUGGAAGUAGAUGAUGAAUUCAGCACACAGGAUUCCGAUUCUAGUUCCCAGCUGGACACAAAAAUCAGUGGCAUGGAAGUAAAAACUGCGGGCAAGAGGGACUCGAUGCUCACAAGAGCAGCUGACCUGAAGGAGAGUGCUGCCCCGUCACCGAAACCCGUGGCUGUGAAGCUGGAUUUUGGAUCUCCCAAGAUCCCCCGUAGAGAGUUCCUACUGGAAGAGGAGAAGUCGGUGGAUUUUGUGUUUAUACCCCCUGAGCCCAAGGAACGGGUGCUGACGGAACACCAGAAGGAGGUUCUGAGGACAAAAAGAGUUGAUAUUCCAGUCAUGUACAACAAUCUUGAUGCCUCUCAAGAUACGACAUUGUUCUCUCAGUACAGUCAGAGCCAAGAGGAUUCAGUGGAUAAUAAGACUACUAAUGAGAAGGCUGAAGAUGCUCCAGGACAGGAGGUGAAUUGUGAGGUUCAGGAGGAAAAAAUGGAAGCUGAAGAAGUCCCUGCCGUGCACAAAUUGGGCCCAGAGGUAGAUAAGGACGACAGCAGUGUGCCUGCUGAAAUGGGAACGGCUGAAGAGGAAGCAGCUGAAAAAGGUUCCCAGUCUGAUGUGGGACCAUCAAAAUCGGCAGCCCUUACACUGGGGGGUAAAGCCACAGGGGAGGAGAGCGCCGUGGAGACAGAGGAGACCAGCGCCAACAUCAGCAGCAGCUCAGUCUCUUCUGAAAUUGUGUUGGCGACACCCCAAAAAAACGCAAGCCGUCGCCAAUCAUUCAUUACGCUGGAGAAGUAUAAUUCACAAGGAAAGGCAUCCAGUCCUGCUCAGGAUGGCACUUACACAGGCUCGCCGGUUUCUGGGGUCUCGAAGUCUGACAGCCAGGAGGACACAGAGACUCAAACGGAAGACCAGACCCCAGAGCAAAGCCCCUGUCCCGAUGUGGAAGAGGAAGCUUCUCUAGAAGAAAACGGCAGCCAACGUCAGGAUUGCUCGAAACGCGAGAAAGCACAGGACGUGGCGGAGAAGGAGGAAGAGAAGCCUGAAGCAGAGCAUCCUGGAAUCAGUCCCAGCGUGGCUACCGAGGAGGAGGAGGAUGAAGACGAGUGUAUUCCCGAUACGCAGACUGAGCCGCUCAGAUCAGAUGGGGCGAGUUCGGUGGCUGAAGAGGUACGUUCAGGCAGCGAAGAAGAUGCAAAAGAUGAAGCUCCUUCUGCAGAGUCCAAGGAGAACACCCCUCCCACGGAGGAUUCUGAGGAGCAGCAGGUAGAGACCCAGUCAUCUCAGACCCUGUCCAGCCCGAGCGAGCCCAGGCGCUCUUCGAGACGUCGAAGUAAGCCUGUACGCCCCGGGGAAACCUCAGAAAGCCCAGAGAGAGACGGCAAAGACAAACUGAACAAGAGGAACUUGAAGGGUAAGGAAAGCAAGUCCCUUGAAAGAAAAUCUGCCGAGGUUCUGGUAGGUCGAAGUGAGGAGCAGAAGGGCUCCUCGUCCGUUUCCAGUCAAAUGGAAACUCGGUCGCAGGUUCACACUGCCAAGAAGAGUAAGGCAACUCCAGAAGGGGAGGAGAGGGUGAGGAGGAGAACCAACUCAAGCGCUGUGGCGGAGGCUGAAGCCUCGCAAGGGGGCGAAGCAGAGGAUGGGACUCAAGAGUCUUCCCAGGGACGGGGCAGGUACAGGACGAGGAGAUCCUCCCAGGGCCUGCUGUCCAGUAUUGAGAACUCCGAGUCGGACGGUUCAGAGAGUCGGGAAGAAAGCCUUAAAGACCGAAAGACCUCAAAAAGAGGCAAGCCUAGCAAACGUGUAGACGCUCAAGUGACGGAGGGCCCACCCAAAAACGAACAAACGGGAAGAGGUUCGGUGGAAUCUGAAAAAAUGGACAUUGGCAGCGAAUUGGAAAAACAGAACACAAGUCUCUUACAAGCCUCUGGUCCAGAGAUUUCUACCGACACCAGCAUGGCUUGUGAGACUUCAACCCAGGCUGAGCCGGAGGAGAUUUCCGAAGAACAGGCUCAUAAAACGGAUGAUGUAACGGCGGCUCUCGAUGCCGAAACAUCGGCGAAGGCUUCCGGUUCGGAAAACGACGCUUCCUUAAGAGAUGAAAGCCAGAGUGCAAAGACCCCGGUAGAGAAUUGUUCUGCCGAGCCCCCGAGUGCCUCUCAAAGCGCAGGGAGGCGCCCGCUCCUGCACGUGUGCUCUCAUGGCAAGCGAGCCCGGGGGCGCAAGCGGUUCAAGAGCUGCAACUGCCGGAUAGUGGCGGCCCUGCGGCAGGGGCAUGCACGGAAGUUAGGCAAGGAAGAGCCAGAACUGGCUGAAAAGAAUAAGACUUUUUCGGCGGGCGAUGAGCUUAUUUCUGAAAACGGGGCCUCAAAUCUUGAUGGCGCGCCCCGCGGGGAAGGCGUUUUAAGCUCCGAUAAUAGCGUGUUUGAGCCCAGUGACGUGAGUUCCCCGCUGUGCUCUAAUGGUCCGGUGUUAUGCGCGACAUCCACGGGUGACCUGAAUCCGGCGGGUGAAUCGGAAGAGAAGUCGGACAGGGUCGCGCCGGAGGGGUUGAAGGAACAAGAGAGCGUGGAAUCCUCGGUCCCUGGAAAUGAAAGCUCUGUGGAGCCGGCUGAACGCCAAGGUGUAGAAGUGGAUGACGAGGCCAAGCCAGACAGUAUAGAAACCCUAGUGGAAGAAGUCUCUGGCAAGCAGGGGGACAAAGAGCGCCCAGAUUUCCAGCAGACUGAACAGAUGCCGGAAGAGCCGGAGCUCUCCGUGUGUGAAGAUGGUGGUGUGGGUCCCGAGGAUCAGAAGAAACUAGAAGAGGAAGGGGAGGAAAUGAUGGAGUCUAACUGCAUUGAAGCUGCUGAAGUCCCUCUAAACAAUGCUACUGUUGACGAGGGACUAAUUGAACUGUUCUCCGUGUCUAAGCAGACUUUGGAAACCACAUGUUUAGAUUCCCCACCCAAGCAGAAGGAUUGUAACACUGCUGUUGCAGAACAUGAGGUGGGUCAGAGCCCCACCAGUGCAAAGCCGCGUGGCUUUUGGUCUCCUACUGCGUCUCCUUCCACAAGUAUCCUCAAGAAAGGGCAGAAGAGGACCCUGGAAGAUGAUACUCCCUCCCCACUCCACAAGACUCGGCGCGUGUCUUUUGCCAACCCAAUUCAUCAGCAAGAGCUGGCUGAUGAUAUCGAUCGACGUAGCCCGGUCAUCAGGACGUCGAGCAGCUCCCCACGGUCCAGAAACAGCACUUCCUCCGCGUUAUCAUCUGCCACACAGCAAAAGUUUGUGACUACUCCAACAAAGGCUCUAUUGAGCCUGAGCCCCCGCAGCCUUCAUAGUCCAGGAUUCAAGAGCUCGAAGAAGUGCCUGAUAUCGGAAAUGGGAAAGGAGCCGAAGCCCAUCCCCAAGGACUGCGUCUUUCCGGCUUUAGUCAGCUGUACAGCACCAGUGGAGGCCGUCCUUCCACAGCUUACUUCUAAUAUGUGGCAGCGUGGAUUUGGUCAGCUCGUUCGAGCGAAGAAUAUCAAGACAGUGGGUGAUUUAAGUGCUCUCACACCUUCAGAAAUCAAAUCGCUCCCUAUACGCUCACCAAAGCUGUCCAAUGUGAAGAAAGCACUUAAAAUGUAUCACGAGCAACAGCGAAAGGUAAGCAGUGAUGAUCUGAAAGGCUUUGAUGAAACUGAGAAAAUGACCUCUGAACCAGAAGAGAAAGAGGCUCCGGUCAGUAGUGAGGAGAAGACUGCAACAGAUGUGGCUGGAGUACCGGUUCCAGCUGUUGAUGCAAAGCCAGUGGACAUCAUGACUGCGGUCCAAGCUCUAGGAACGCGCCUGACUGAGGAGGAGCUGGGCAGCCUGCCGGCGCGCCAGCUGGUCCUGAUGCAUGAACAGUUGAGUGACAUGAUGAAGACCAUUGUUGUGCAGCUGCAGUCACGAGUCGGCACUCCACUAGGGCAGAGCUCUCCCUGACAGGAGGACCGCUUCUGCGAGGGACAGUUAUUUUUUUAACUUUUAAUAUGGUAGAUGUUUUUGUUAAUAUUUCCUCAAAUUGACCAGAGUAAUCCAUAUCUACCCGAAGAACUGUUGUUAUAAAUAAAUACCUUUUGGCAAUA